GGACACUCCGCUAGUCCAAAUUCGCCAAAGCUUGACAUCUGAUUACGGCGUCUCGCGCUUCCUUCUUCCACCUUCCCCGGGUUUCACCGUGCCGAUGACUUUUUUUCUGAGAAAGAGAUCGUCAUCCAUCGCGUGCCUUCGUUUUCCCUUCAUGAACCGGGGCAGGCUUUGGCGUUCUUGGAACUUCUUCUUCCGCCACUGGACUUGACCCAAUUAGUGUUAUCUAUUAUUAUUCACUUUCUUCCAUUUUUUUCCUUACUACAAAAAAAAAACGUGGUUCUUCUUCUCUCUCUGCGGACGAGUUUUCUUUCUCUUCGAUUCGUUCUGGUUGCUACAUUCUGAAGCACUUCAUAUUUCGCUUUUUCUUUUUCAUUUUCUUUUAUAUUAUUUGGAUGGCCAAACCAAAAAUGCCAGGGUAUCGGUUUCAACCCACUGACGUUGAGCUGAUUGAGUAUUUUCUGAAGAGGAAGGUUCGGGGUAAGAAAUUCCCUUCCGAAAUAAUUGCUGAAGUUGACUUGUACAAGUUUGCUCCGUGGGAUCUCCCAGCUAUGUCUUUGCUCAAGAAUGGGGAUUUGAGUUGGUACUUCUUUUGCCCUCGGGGAAAGAAGUAUUCGACCGGAGGGAGGUUGAAUCGGGCCACCGAGGCUGGGUAUUGGAAGACUACUGGGAAGGAUAGACCAAUUGAACACAAUAAUACAGUUGUGGGGAUGAUAAAAACCCUGGUUUUUCACACUGGUAGAGCCCCUAGGGGAGAUCGAACUGAUUGGGUUAUGCAUGAAUUUAGACUUGAUGACAAGGUGCUGGCUGACGAAGCCGUAUCACAGGAUGCCUAUGUGAUUUGUAGGGUGUACCAAAAGGAAGGUCCUGGUCCUAGGAAUGGUGCACAGUAUGGUAAACCAUAUGAUGAGAAGGAGUGGGAAACAGAUGAGGAAAUUGAUUCUGUACAAUCUGCCCCUGUUGCUGCCGUUUGUGCACCUGUUCCUAUACAACCUAGUGAAAGCCAUAUUUCUGUUGCUAAUUACACCCAUCCCUCUACAAGUGGAUGUGCUGGAUUGACCUCUGUAUCAUGUGUAUCAGAAUUGAUGCCCUCAUGCUCGACACAUCCUUCUGCACUAAACAAUCCGGUUGACUCUGUAUCAUGUGUAUCAGAAUUGAUUCCCUCUUGCUCGGCACACCCUUCAGCACCAAACAGUCAAGUUGGCUCUUUAUUAUGUGUAUCAGAAUUGAUGCCCUCUUUCUCGCCGCCUUCAACACCAAAAAAUCCAGUUUACUCUGUAUCAUGUGUAUCAGAAUUGAUGCCCUCUUGCUUGGCACAUCUUUUGGCAUCAAACAAUCAAGUUGACUCUGUUCCAUGUGUUUCAGAAUUCAUGCCCUCUUGCUCAGCACAUCCUUCAGCACCAAACAGUCAAGUUGGCUCUGUAUCAUGUGUAUCAGGAUUGAUACCCUCUUUCUUGGCACAUUCUUCAGCAUCAAACAAUCAAGUUGGCUCUGUACCAUGUGUACCAGAAUUGGUGCCCUCUUGCUUGGCACAUCCUUCAGCUCCAAAUAAUCAAGCUGACGUUGGCAUUCUACCUUUUCUUGAUUGUUCCAUAGAAGAUGAUGACACAUUGGCUGUGAAUGAAAACAACAGCAUUGAGAACGUUGAUGAUCCUGAUCAGGCAAACAAUGCAGAACGUGGACCAUGUUCAGAUCCACAUGCUAUUUUUGAGGACUUAGGAGACCUUAACAGCUUGGUUGGAUUGGGAGAAGGCAGUUUUUCCUGUGGCCAGAAAAAUGAAUAUACUACAAGCGCAAUGCUUUAUACAGGUGAUAUAUUUAGGUCUUGUGACCAUGACUUUUUGGAGUUGAUUGACCUAGAGACGCCGCCACCGCUCUGGCAGAAUAAACAUGGAAGUGAUAGCCAAGAUAAGUAAGGUUAAAAAAUUGAGGGAAGUAUCCCAGAAAAUUGAUUGAACUAUAGCCCCAAGUACCUAACGUGGAUUAGAAUAAACAAAAGGUUCUCUUCCUGUUCAUUUAAAAACCAUCAUGGCACCAGUUUUCUAUUUGACAUUAAUUUCUGGAAUUACUUGACAAUGAUAUCAACUGACAAGAAUGUUGAUUAAAAUCUAGUUAUUUAUUUUCUUUGGUUGUGUUAUGUUUGAUUAAAAUCUAAUUAUGCUGGAAGUUGUUCCAGACAUUUUUUGC